AUGGGCUCCGACAGCAGCGCUGCCGCCGCCGGUCUCGACAUCUUCGAGGCGCGGAUGGAGGCGGUUCAGAAUGGCACUGGCGAUGCCAUGGAGGAGGCGGCCUUCGCGUCGGAGCGGGCUCGGCGCAUCAACAGGCUCGAUACCACUGUUGCUGUUGUCCAGACCCAGGAGUCUCUCAACGUGAUCACCUCGCAGUUCAGCAACACAGACGAGCCACCCAGCGUCGCCAGCGCGCGCUCAGUCCUACAUCGUCUCCUUCGGCGGCACCGUCGGGCUCUACGCGAUUGUUCUCUUCUCGUUUGGGGUCUCAACACCAGGGCGCACGCAGGCUGGUGUCAAUUGGCUAUCCGAGCCCGAUGUUGGCCAGCACACUGCGUCGCGUUGCUGAACAAAUUUGCGUUCAGGCAAUGCCAGUCGCCAACCACACCCAGUGUGUGA